CUGCCGAGAGCGGAAGUGGAGGAGCCGCCGGAAGUAGCCAGCGUCUCCGGCCGACAGACGGGCUGACAGUCCCUGACGGGAGUCGGAGCUACGCCGAGGAGUUGGUGGCCAUGGAGCUGGGCGAGCUGCUCUACAACAAGUCCGAGUACAUCGAGACGGCAUCUGGGAACAAAGUUAGUCGCCAGUCUGUAUUGUGUGGAAGUCAGAACAUCGUCCUCAAUGGCAAGACCAUUGUGAUGAACGACUGUAUUAUCCGAGGGGAUCUGGCAAAUGUAAGAGUUGGACGUCAUUGUGUUGUGAAAAGUCGGAGUGUCAUAAGGCCACCAUUCAAGAAAUUCAGCAAAGGCGUUGCAUUUUUUCCUUUACAUAUUGGGGACCAUGUCUUUAUUGAGGAAGAUUGUGUGGUCAACGCAGCUCAGAUUGGCUCUUAUGUUCACGUUGGCAAGAACUGUGUGAUUGGACGCCGGUGUGUGUUGAAAGACUGUUGCAAAAUUCUCGACAACACAGUGUUACCCCCAGAAACCGUGGUCCCACCGUUCACCGUCUUCUCAGGCUGCCCAGGACUUUUCUCAGGGGAGCUCCCAGAAUGUACCCAGGAGCUGAUGAUUGAUGUCACCAAGAGCUACUACCAGAAGUUUUUGCCGUUGACACAGGUCUAAUGUCUCCACCUUGUGUCUCAAAUUCACUUAAGCUCUAAUAUGAACUUGGGGACGAAGUGAGCCGUCAGCAUCUACAAAGAGCUCUUGUGUCUUUGACACCUCUCACCCUCUUUUUUUUUUUUUUUGGUUUAAUUUUUUAGAAUUUCUCAAUCCUCCCAGGCUCUAAGUUCUUAAGACUUUAAUAACAGAACGUCUGGAGGAGUCGUCUCCAAAUGCUGUGCGUAAACCGUAUCUAUUAACAGUCACUCUGUACCAUUCUGUGUGGAACACAGACUCAUCUGUUCCCAGCACUCCCACCCCUUGGUCCUGUGGGUGGCUGGAUGGAGCAGGGCACUCUGUCCCAGCAGGGAGGUUGUGACACUCGUGUGCCGCCUGUGGCCAUGAGCUACCACAGUGAGCAUUGCUCACAGGGACCACUCUCAGCGUCCCUGCUGCUCACACUUUUGGCCUGUUGCCACGACUGCUCAUAAUCUGGAAAAAAAGUGUUUUGUGACUUUUCAGAGCCCAGAUUCCUGUUGGCUACUGAAAUGUGAAGGGAGGAUGGUUAGUAUUUCUUUUCUUUCCAGAAUGACCUGAACUGUCAUUUUAAUCCAGAGUGACUAAUAAAAGACUUCCUAGCAUUCUAUUCUAGGGCCUUGGCUUUCACUAAAAGGGGGGUCCUUAGCAUCCAGAUUUUAUUUUUGCAGAGUCCUAGGUUUAAGUCUCUCACGUGGAUGGACUAGUCUGGCAGCUACGCCUUGCCUCACGGUGUUUGGGGGCAGCAGUAUAUACCUUAUUUCACUGGAGAUGUAGCAUUUGUGACACUUGCUUCCUGGCCUAGAACCAUUCAACCCACCCUGUGUUUGCCAUAAACCUCACAGUUCAGACCAAAAUAUCUGUAAUUGGGCCCACUCUCAUAUGUACAUGGGGGCCUCUUAAAAUUAUUCUGGGGGCACAGAGUCCUGAGGAAUAAAUGAAGUUGCCAAUGCUGUUCUUCUGGGUAAUAGCACAGCCCUUCCUGUUCUGCUCUGGCCUCUUGGUUUAGUAGGAAGACAUAGAAGUGAAGGCCUGAGAAGGUUGGCCUUGCUCAAAGCUCUGAUGCUGCUGUGAAUGGGGUCGGACAGUUCAGCCUCGUAGGUUAGGAUCGAGCAGCCACUGUCUUGACUUAAUAUCUGGUUAUGGGGUUUGCAAGAAGAGCUGUAUGUAGUCAUCUCUGCUCGUUCAGUGUAAAACUGCUUUCUGAUUUGUCAUUUUUUAUGUUUGUACAUUAAAAGAUUGACACGUGAAACAA